GGUUCUGACAUUGAACUUCCCGUAUUAAUAAUUAUAAGGACGAGACUUGUUUUCGAUAGAGGAGAGUCCGUUCCAAUAUACUACCUUAGUUAAUAUACUAGUCAAGGACUAUUUUCUGUCGCCAUUGGAUCAACUGGAAUAUAUUCCAUUACGCUAUACUUCCAACACAACAUCAUGGCCGACGAAACAGCUCUUACCGACUUCCCGUCGCUUUUCUCCCUCAAGGGUAAAGUCGCCGUCGUGACAGGCGGCUCUCGAGGUCUAGGUCUGAACGCAGCUUCAGCUUUCCUCCAAGCCGGCUGCUCCAAAGUAUUCAUCACCUCGCGCAAAGCCAAAGCCUGCGACGCCGCCGUCGCCCAACUCAACGCCCUGCCGAACCUCCAGCCCGGCGCCCGCGCCAUCUCCGUCCCCGCCGACAGCAGCACCCUCGCCGGCGUCGAGUCCCUCGUGGCCCAGGUCUCCACGCACACCGAGCACGUCGACAUCCUGCUCGCGAACGCGGGCGCCACCUGGGGCGAGGCCUUCGACACGCACCCCGCCGCCGCGUUCCAGAAGGUCAUGGACCUCAACGUCAAGGGCGUGUUCCUGUGCAUACAGAAGUUCGCGCCGCUCCUGCAGAAGCGCGCCACCGUCGACGACCCCAGCCGCGUCAUCAUCACCGCGAGCGUCGCGGGCUUGGGCGUCGGCGCGACGGGCCCGCAGGCUACGUUCGGCUAUAGCGCGAGCAAGGCCGCUGUUAUCGCGCUGGGGCGCAAUCUGGCGCUCGAGCUGGGGCCGCGCCAUAUCCUGGUUAAUUCCAUCUGUCCCGGCUGGUUCCCGACUAAGAUGGCGACGGGCUUGUUGUCUAUGACGGGCGGUCUCGAGAAGCACGCCGCGCGCAACCCGAACAGGCGGCUCGGCAGGCCCGAGGAUAUCGCUGGUGUGGUUGUUUAUCUGUCGAGUCGGGCAGGGUCGCAUGUUAACGGCGCGACGAUACAGAUUGAUGGAGGUGCGUUGUGGAAUACGGUCUCCCUCGAUGCCGGGCCAGCGGAGCCUAAGCUAUGAUAUGAUAUGAUAUGUAUGUGUAGUAUCGGUGCUAUAGCCAGCGUAGCAGAUGAUUUUUUUUAUUUUAUUUCCUAUGAUUAAUGAUAUAUUCGAGCCAUUACACAUGUUCUCAUUAUUUAUGUGCCUUUAUCUAGGA